UGCUAGGACUUCAGUACCGACUGCCGAGAGCCAGUCGUCAGCCAGUCACGGCAAAAUGAUACACCGAAGCGCUUUGAUGUUCCGUUCAAAACAUCUUCCCUCUUGUUUCUUCGCUACACACAGAGCUAAUUUCUAUACUUCUGUAGCUCCUGAUAACGGAGAAAGUGGUCUUUACGGCUUCGGGGUCUUGAAGACGGCGAAGGGUUUUCGACGUUUUGUCGAUGAAGCAAUCGAGAGAUCGGGAGAACUCAUUUCCUACAUCUCUGGUAUGCCUUCGUCGAUCGAAAUCGUCCAAGCAAUGGACGAAAUAUCAGAUACAGUUUGCUCCGUUGUUGAUUCGGCCGAACUAUGUAGAAAUACUCAUCCCGACCGGGAAUUUGUAGAAGAAGCUAACAGGGCAGCAAUGAAGAUUCAUGAAUAUCUGCAUUUUCUGAAUACAAAUCAUAGCCUAUAUAAUGCGGUGAUAAAAGCAGAGCAAGAUGGUCUUUUGCAAACAAAGGAAGCAUGGAGGGCAGCUCAUUCGCUGCGUAUUGACUUCGAGAAAGGAGGAAUACAUCUUCCUAGAGAUAAGCUGGAAAGAAUUAAUCAGUUGAAUGUUAAUAUUGCCCACCUGUGCAGAGAGUUCAGUGAAAAUAUUGUCAAUGACCCUAGUUACGUGGAUAUAUUUCCAGCUUCACGCAUUCCAAAAUGCAUUCAACAUCUCCUUAGACCCAUUUCUCGUCCCAUGAAUGGUACACCCAGUGAACCAUUAUGGUCAAGAGGUGGCAUAAAAGAAAAGGGAUUCAGGAUAACAACUGACCCUGGUACUCUAUCCUCUGUACUGCAAUGGACACCUGAUGCUGAGGUUCGGAAGCAAUCAUACAUUCAAGGAAAUUCUGCUCCUCGUGCAAACCUAAGCGUCCUUGACAAGCUUAUAGCAUCUCGUCAUGAACUUGCACAGAUAAUGGGGUAUAAAUCUUAUGCUGAAUUUGCAGUGCAUCCAAACAUGGCUUCAUCACCAGAUGUUGUGAUGUCCUUUUUGCUUGAUUUAAGUACUAUUGUCAGACCUAAGGCUGAUGAGGAGUUCAAAACAAUUAGGGAUUUUAAAUUGAAAAGAUGUGAUCAAAGAAAUGAGGAUUUAGAACCAUGGGAUGAAUCUUACUUUACAGGGAUGAUGAAGUCUUCUGCCUACAACCUGAAUUCUUCAGUUGUAGCAUCAUAUUUUCCUUUAUCUCAGUGUAUUGAGGGUUUAAAAGUUCUGGUGGAGUCUUUGUUUGGUGCAACAUUUUAUAGCAUUCCCUUGACUGCUGGUGAAUCAUGGCAUCCAGAUGUGCUUAAGAUGGUGCUACAUCAUCCUGAAGAGGGUGAUUUGGGGUAUCUGUACCUUGAUCUGUACUCCAGGGAGGGCAAAUAUCCAGGUUGUGCUCAUUUUGCCAUUAAAGGUGGACGUCGUAUUUCUGAGACAGAUUACCAACUUCCUGUUGUAGCACUUGUGUGCAAUUUUUCGGCUUCAACUGGUUCUUCAACUCCGAGGCUUAACCACUGGGAAGUAGAAACUCUGUUCCAUGAGUUUGGACAUGCUCUUCAUUCUCUUCUUUCAAGAACGGAUUACCAACAUUUUUCAGGUACCAGAGUGGUCCUUGAUUUAGCUGAAACACCUGCAAAUCUUUUUGAGUAUUAUGCAUGGGAUUACCGAGUAUUGAGGACAUUUGCUAGACAUUACUCAACAGGUGAAGUAAUACCUGAGAAAUUGGUGGAGUCAAUGAAAGGUGCCAAAAAGAUGUUUGCAGCAACAGAACUGCAGCGGCAGGUUUUUUAUGCCCUGAUUGACCAAACACUUUUUGGGGAGCAGUCAUUCUCACCAAGAGAUACAAUUUCAGUUGUUGGAGACCUCAAAAGACAACAUACCAGUUGGAAGCAUGUUGAGGGCACACAUUGGCACACGCGAUUCAAUCAUCUCUUAAAUUAUGGAGCAGGUUAUUAUAGUUACCUGUACGCCAAGUGCUUUGCUGCCUCAAUAUGGAAGGAAGUGUGCUCAGAGGAUCCAUUGUCAUUGGCCACUGGAUCUGCUUUAAGAACCAAAUUCUUACAGCAUGGGGGUGCAAAAGAACCAUCUGAUUUGUUAAAGGAGUUGGUCGGGGAUGACAUGCUACGAAAUUAUAAUAAUGGGAUAAUCCCCAACAUUAGCAACCUGUGCGAGGAGAUGGAACUCAUGGAACAUGCGAAGCAGAAGAGCAUUUUGUAAUACUGGAGAAACACAUUUUUCCCCCUACAUUAGUCUUUGCAGUGCAUAGCCAGUGUGAUGAUAAUCUAAAAUUGUUGUCUUCUGGUUGACUUGUAUGAUCUUGUCGAAGUGCGGUGCAUGGAGUUAUGCUGAAGACGUUAGUGACUGGACAAAUAUUUAUGAAGAACAUGCUUAUGUGACUGGACAAAUAAUUAUUUACCCUCUGCAAUUAAUUAAGCCAAUUCUCUCCAGGCAGGGGGGAUGGGAAGGGUCGUUAGAGAUGUAUUCAUGGUUUUAAUGGUUGAAAUUCGCUUUGUAUCAUUUUUGUUGCCCAACAUCAUGUAUAUGUAUCAUCUAUUUAAGCAAAUUGAAGCAGGAAAGACUGGAUAAAUCAGUUCUCUAAAGCUGUUUUUAUAGUUGAAAUUUGAGAAGUUUGGCUAGCCCCCUCUUCUCCCAAAAGAUCAAAGCAUUGGGCCUUUGUA